AUGGAUUCGCCACCCGUGCCCAAACCGAGAAGCGCUUUCCUGGCCCAGAACGAUCCCCUGAAACGACCCGUGCCACUGCCCCGAACAAAGGUGCCCCCCAGCAACGAGCGCGUCACUGCCUCAGACAUACUACGCUCGAUCAGCACUGUCUCCAAACAAAUAACAGAGGAUGUCACGAUAAAGGUUACCAACUCUGCGAAAUCUGCUAACGAAAAAUUUGAAAACGCAUUAAUAGAUGGCUCGAGGUUCGCUAAAGGCACGCUCGAGAAAACUUUAACAACUUCUAGAGCUGUAAGAGAUUCAGUGACAAAAUCGGUUAUAGAAGGAACCAGGACAGCAGGACUUAAGUUGCGACGAGCGAAGAAAACGGACUUCGCGGAGAGCGUUGACAACCAACGGUGCACAUCGAUGCCGAUUGUAGAUGUUAGUUUGUUUGAUAACAUUCAGUUCCACUCCCCACUUUUGGAGCAAAAGAGAUAUUGUAACAAUGGAGAUAGUUUACAAAACAAUCAAGACAUUCCCCCUCUCAGUUUGAACACAGCUCAUUUUGAUGACUUGUCAUUGUUCUCGAGCAACUCUGAUUCUAACACAGAUACAGUAAGUAACUUCUCAUAUGACAGUAGAGAAUCUGACCCAAACAAUUCAAGCUUGACAAUAAAUGAGCAAAUGACAUAUGAUACACCUAGAACAUCACAGGCCAACAGUAUCAUUAGUGUGAGAUCUGCGCCAGAAGUGCCAGUGAGGAGGAAAAAGAGGGAAAGCAACAUGGAGUAUAUAAGGCAGAAUUCCUUAUAUGAAAACUGGAUUAUACCAUGCCAAUCCAGUAACACAAAUGGUAGACCCAGUAAGAGCACUAUUUAUGAGUUUGACCCUUUAAACUCAAGUUCUAAUUCAACCAGAUAUGAGGGUAUGAGCAAUGAACUGUUGCUUCUAGAAUCAUUUUUGAUUGGGGACACAUAUGGAACCAUUGUGACGACUGAUAACAAUGAAGACAACUUUGAGGACUAUGGCGAAGUCGAUUACUACAAUCCUCCAACUCCUCCAGAAAGGUCUGAUAGUUUAUUCCCUGUGGAGGUUGAGACAAAAACUUCAACAGAGCAAGUGACUGACAAGGAUAGAAAUUCAAAUUGGUUCAUAACUGACAUUGAUACAAAACCUGUAGCUUCAAUAGAAGAUGAGACAAAAGUAACAAAUUCCAUGAAGCAAAAGUUUUCCCACAUGAAAUUGAAACUUGACAAUGUUCUGCAUAAAUCCAGUAAACAAAAUCCAAUGCUGAAGGUUAAUGUUGUGGAAAGACCUCCUUUAAGCACCUUGCCAGUUAACUACUACAGUGGUUUGUUAACCAAAAUUGUUUCUGGGGUAGUUGAAGACUUGUUCAAGAACUCUCAGUCCCGGUACUGUGUGCUGUCUGAUCAGAAGCUAAUGUGCUACACUGACCCAACCAAUUCUGUGUUGAAAGAAGCAUACCCAUUGGAGAGCAUUUACUCUUUGCAAAUUGUACUACCACUCUCGUCCAGCACGACGAAUAAUUCAUACUGCUUCGAGCUGUCGGUAUCGUCAGGCAACCGUAACGCACGCAAAAUCCUUCUGAGCUGCGGAAGCAGUUCCGAACGCCGUAACUGGGCCCAGAAGUUCGCAGAGCACCUUACCUGCGGAUUUCCCACCAAGUUCACUUCAGAGUUUACCAGGAUUGGAUGGUGCUACUUGAAGGAAGGAGUGACGGGCGAGUGGCGCGGUGCGUGGGUGAUGCUAGUGCGGCGCGUGCUGGCGUACUACACGGCGCCGCUGCCCGACACUGGCCCCAAUAUGUGUACAGUCGACCUGCGCAAGACACGAUGCGUUGUGACUCAAGAGGUGGACGAAGAGACCAAGUCGGCGUGUCCGUCUGACGGCAGCGGAGUGUUACUGCUCGACUGUCCGCAGGCCACCAUUUACCUUCGGUUCCCGAACGAGAGGGAGCUCAAGAGCUGGCGCUACAUGAUAAAGCUGGCAGCACACAACAAUGGUGCGCAAAUUCACCACCAGCAGCUCACAAAGGAGGACGUGCCCGUCAUCGUCGACAAGUGCCUUAGCUUCAUUUAUGCCCACGGCAGUCUGACCGAAGGCAUAUACCGCCGCGCUGGCAGCAGCUCUGUGCUGACGGAACUUCUAGCGCGGUUCAGACGCGACUCGUGGUCCGUUCAGCUAGCGCCAGGGCAGCACUCAGAGCACGAUGUGGCGGGGGUUCUCAAACGUUUCUUUAGAGAUCUACCUGAGCCACUGCUGCCACAGAACAAACAUCAAGCGCUUGUCGAUGCAUUAGCAAUAGAAGAAAAGUCAGCCCGUCACGCGGCGUUUCGUCGCGUAAUGACGUCACUGCCACUUGUAGCGCGGAACACGGCGCGCAAACUUUUCGCGCAUCUGCACUUCAUGCACACAAUGGCGCACGCGAAUAAGAUGACCGCAGAGAACUUGGCGUCUGUGUGGGCGCCCACGGUGAUGCCCACCGCUUUGACGAGCAACACGUUGCAAACAGCGUGGUCUUCCAAGGAAGUCUACGUAGUGCGAGAUUUGAUACAAGAAUACGAGGCUAUAUGGGAACCGAAUGAAACUGAGAAGAGGAGAGAAGCAGCCGUGAGGACUGUGCUGCUGCGUGUGCUGAGCAACUCAGCGCCGACCGCGCCCAAAGCUGCGGGAGAUUUAAAAGCGUGGGUCUAUGUUAAGGAUCGUUCCACUUGUUUCCAAGUUGCGUUGAAUCCAAACAAAACGUGCUCGGACGUGUGCAUAGAGUUGUGCGAGAAAGCGAACAUCGAGUCGCACCUUCUCAUGCUCGAGGAAGUGAUCUGCAACGACGCAAUGCGACGCAUCGUCCACAACGAUGAGAUCGUCCUCGAUGUCGUGCUUCGCUGGGGGUAUUGGGACGAGGAGGACCGCAAAGACAACUACCUACUUGUGAGGGAGAACAAGUUGCUGCAUGACAUGGAAGCGAUGAGGCAUAACACGUCGGUUUGUGGGGAACUCAAGCUGGCCAGUGAAAGCUCGAAAGCGUUCAAAUUGCAUAUGUUCGAGUUUAAAAACUCCAAACUUUGCUACUUCAAAGACAAACAGGGUUCACAGAAGAUAGAAGAGUGGAACAUAAAAGACAUCCUGUGGUACGUCGGCCACGAGCCGAAGCGGAAUCCGCAGUCUCGGUGGGCCAUCACCUUUAUCCCUAGGAACAAUAAGCCUAAAAGGAGCAAAGACCGGCCCUGGUUCGGUUGCACAAUAGCGGGCGCUGUCACCGAAGACCAGCUUAAGUGGACUUCAAUCAUGAUGUUCGGGGAGCAUGCCAACAUACUGCCAACGCCUCGCCUUGUCAUCACGUGAGGCGAAACAGCACGAGGCGAGGCGACGUUCGACCCAUGUCUUUAAGGCGAGGUAGGUCGCCACGCGAAUACCUAGCUGUAUAUACUAAUCACUACGUGACAUUUGUAUAGUAUAUACAUCUUUUACAUGUAUAUUAUUGUCUAAAAGUUACCAUUGUUUUAAGACAAUCUUGUUUUUAAGACACAUUUAUAACUUGUGAUUAAGCUUGCGUUCUUUUUGGGCCGCUCAUGUAUAACUUCGUAAAAAAAAUUUUAAAGGCUGUGUAAUUUGCCGAGGUCCAGUAAUGCUGGGUCUUCGCACACACAUGUCAUUCUCAUUAGAAUCCGAUCCGAGAGCAAUCUGACUCUUUGACGUUUGGAAUACUAACGAGAGUGCAUCACUGCUCAAAAUGGUUGAGUACACCUAGGCAACAAAACGGUUAUUAGGCAUUUCUAACCCUCCACCAUGAAUUUAGUGUGUCAAGACGCUACCGACCGCAACAAAUAAUAAAAAAAUGUAGUUCUUGUAACCGCUUAACGCGCUGUACAAUUUGCUAUGCAAAUGUUUUGCGUAGUCGCUAGUGAUUUCAAUAUUACUGAUGUCAUGGUGGAGGUUUUUAUAAUAAUUUACAGUUUUUGUAAAAUAAUUGCUUAUGAAUUUUUGCCGAGGU